CGCGCGGCGGCAAGGCCCGGGCAUUUUGCUGCGUCACCAGCCGCCGCCCGGCCUCACCACCCCUAGCUCGCACGCACGCACGUUCAUUCUCCGUCCUCGCGCCCCUUUUCCUACACUUUCCUCUCCUCUUCGACUGAGGAGCCGCUCUCGCGCGCGGUGCAUUCUGGGAAUCGAGGUCGAUCCCGCCGCCGCCGCCGCCGCCGCCACCGCUGCCUUCGCCUGAGGGGAGCGAGAAGAGGCCGCGACCCGAGAGAAAACGCCGGAGUCGCCACCGGAGAGGAGUCGGCUCCACUGCCGCCGCCGCUAGAGAGGCCCGCCCACCCGUUCGCCCGUCCCCCUGCCCCAUUCACCAUGCAGCCUGCUUCUGCGAAAUGGUACGAUCGAAGGGACUAUGUCUUCAUUGAAUUUUGUGUUGAAGACAGUAAAGAUGUUAAUGUAAACUUUGAAAAAUCCAAACUUACUUUCAGUUGUCUUGGAGGGAGUGACAAUUUUAAACAUUUAAAUGAAAUUGAUCUUUUUCACUGUAUUGAUCCAAACGAUUCCAAGCAUAAAAGAACAGACAGAUCAAUUUUAUGUUGUUUAAGAAAAGGAGAAUCUGGCCAGUCGUGGCCUAGGUUAACAAAAGAAAGGGCAAAGCUUAAUUGGCUCAGUGUGGAUUUCAAUAAUUGGAAAGACUGGGAAGAUGAUUCAGACGAAGACAUGUCUAAUUUUGAUCGUUUCUCUGAGAUGAUGAACAACAUGGGUGGUGAUGAGGAUGUAGAUUUACCAGAAGUGGAUGGAGCAGAUGAUGAUUCACAAGACAGUGAUGAUGAAAAAAUGCCGGAUCUGGAAUAAGGAGUAUUGUCAUCACCUGGAUUUUGAGAAAGAAAAUUUCUCUGCAAGAUUUCAUAAUUGAGAAAAUUCCUGAGUUGAUAGCUCUAAAGGCAGAUGCUGUAUUUGCCUCUUUAACCCAUUUUUCAACCUGUUUGAUUUUUUUAAAAAGGCUUCACUAAGGGUUGAUAAUGUACCAUUGUAUGGGGCAACUUUAAGUCAGCUAAGGCAAUAUAUCCUUGUGCAUGAACAUUUCCCAGAUUUCAUGAAGCUGUUGAGGUCCAUCUAGGCAAUUGCUCACAGCAAUUGUGAUAAAUAAAAUAUUUCACCUAAGUCUCCCUUUACUCAUAACUUAGCUACUGACAAGAUAGGAAGUUUUCAACUUAGAGAAAGAUGAAUAAAUUUUAAAUUCCCAGAACAUGGAUUCAAAAGUGACUGAAACAAAUUGGCUGACACCUUAAACAUAAACCGUGUCAUUUCUCUGGUGUAUCCUUCAAGAUUGUUUCACUAAAGUUUAUUUUUCGAAAAAAAUUACUUCACAUUAUCGCAUAUAAAUUAUUACUUUGUCAGUGUUCCAGAUGUAUCUUAGCUAAAACUAGUGAAUGCCCUAAAUUAGAUGGUUUUUGAAGCCUAUACAUUUGGUAUUGUUUGACCCUUAAGCUUUUACAUCUCUUAGCAUGGAGGACAAAGAAAGCUGUACAUUGUUGCUUGAGAGUAUGUACAUUUUAGACCAGAUUGUAUUUGCACUGUCAGUAUGGCAAAUGAGUGAGAAAAUGUUAAUACACUAUUGGGUUUUUUUAAUUUUUUUUUUUUUUUUGAUUCAGCUUAUAACUGGGCUGAAAAACCUCAAUUUAUGUUCAUGACAGUGGGGAUUUUUUUAAAUGUCUACAUUCUUUCUAAUAAACUGUUGGAAGAUUU